AUGAUUCAGCCAAGUUCGUUGCUUUUGAUACCCUUAAUAGCAUUCUUUCUCCAGUCAGUUAAUGCUUUGAAAGUUAAUAAAGAAUAUAAUAGACCACAGUUCCAUCUAACACCUGAAAAAGGUUGGAUGAAUGAUCCAAAUGGUCUUUGGUAUGAUAGAAAGGAUAAGUUAUGGCAUGCAUAUUAUCAACAUAAUCCAAAUUCAACUGUUUUUGAAUCACCAAUUAGUUGGGGUCAUUCAACUUCAAAAGAUUUAAUCAAAUGGGAAUACAAAGGUGUUGCUAUUGAAGCUGAAGAAGAAUACAAGGAUAAUCAAGGUAUUUACUCAGGUUCAGUUGUUAUCGAUAGACAUAAUACUUCAGGUUUUUUCAAUAAAUCACAAGAUCCAGAACAAAGAGUUGUUGCUUUAUAUACCCUAAAUACCCCAACAGCACAAACUCAAGAACUUGCUUAUUCAGUUGAUGGUGGAUUUUCAUUCAUCAAAUAUGAAAAGAAUCCAAUCAUUGAUGUCCAUACUACUCAACAACGUGACCCAAAAGUUUUUUGGCAUGAGGGAACUGAAAAAUGGAUUAUGGUACUUGCUAAAGCUCAAGAAUAUAAAGUUGAAAUUUGGUCUUCUCCAAAUUUAAAAGAUUGGGAAUUUGAAUCUUUCUUCACUAGUGGUAUUUCAGGUUAUCAAUAUGAAUGUGCAGGUAUAUUUGAAUUACCUAUUGAAAAUCCAAAGAGUGAUGAUCCAGAUACAAAGUGGGUUUUAGUCUUAGCUGUUAAUCCAGGUGCUCCAAUGGGUGGAUCUGUCAAUCAAUAUUUCAUCGGUGACUUUGAUGGUAAAGCAUUUUAUGCAAAUGAUCAUGUUACAAGAAUCCAAGAUUAUGGUAAAGAUUAUUAUGCAUUCCAAUCAUUUGAAAAUACAGAUUCAGAAGAUGGUGCUAUUGGUCUCGCAUGGGCUUCAAACUGGCAAUAUGCAAUUGUGGUUCCAGCUACUAACCAUAGACAUUCACAAUCUUUGGCAAGAAAACAUACAUUGAAAUAUGUUAAUGUCAAUCCUGAGAACAAUCAAUUGGUUCUUGUUCAAACUCCAGUUCUUGAAACUAAAGAAACCAAGAAAAACUCAAGCUUGAAAAGUUGGGAAGUUAUCAAUCAAUAUGACCUAGAAGAUACCAACUUAACAUCUGAAACUUUUGUUGCUACUGAUUUCAAUAGUGAAAGAAAUUCAUCAGGUGUUUUAGAUUUCAACUUAACUUUCACAGUUGCUCCAGAAUCUGCAGAUUAUUUUGUUAUUAACAUCAAUUCACAAAUUGUUCAAGGUACACAAGAAACUAUUCAAGCUACAUUUGAUCCACAACAAACAACUUGGUUCAUUGAUCGUUCUACUCAAAAUGAUUUCCAAAGAAAAACUCCAUAUUACCAAGAACGUUCAUCUGUAUAUCAUCAAUAUGCAAGUAAGGAUGAUGAUGACAUUAAAACCUAUCAUGUUUAUGGUAUUGUUGAUAGAAAUAUUUUGGAAUUAUACUUCAAUAAUGGUGAAAUGACUGCUACAAAUACCUUCUUCUUUAGCCAAAAUAAAAUUCCAAGUAGUAUUUCUAUUGCUACUGAUACUGAAGAGGAGGUUUUUACUAUUGAAUCAUUAACCAUUAGGGAAUUGGGAUUUAAAUGUGGUUGCGAGAAAUAA